AUUAUAUUGUAACCUUUGCAGUUUUGUUUUGAUUUUUAUUCUUGGGCAAAUUCGUGCUCUUCAUAAGGUUAUAGUAAUUUGUUAAUAUUUUUUUUACUGAGAAAAACUCAAAAUGUUUAGCAGACAAGCUUUUAGGAUGGUGUCAUCUCUACGGAAUUCAUUUGCAGAUUCAAUGUAUGGAUCGUCUAAGACAUUAAUGCGGCAAAACUUUAGAUUGCUAUCUGCAACUGGCCAAACACCUUCAUCUAAUAAGCAGGAUGCUUCCAAAGGUAAAGGUCCCAUAUCUUGGAAAAGUCUUUCAGUUAUAGGAAUUGGAGGAGCAAUAGGAUUAGCUUUUAUGUACUAUGUUAGAAAUGAGAAAGAAGAAGCACUAAUGCGAGAAAGAAAGCGUCAAUUAGGUAAGGCAGCAAUUGGUGGUCGAUGGGAAUUGACUGAUUCUGAUGGAAAAGUUAGAAAAUCUGAAGAUUUUUUGGGAAAAUGGUGUCUUAUAUAUUUUGGUUUCACACAUUGUCCUGACAUUUGCCCAGAUGAACUUGAGAAAAUGUCAAAAGUUGUUGAUGCAAUUGAUGACUCACCAGGAGAAUUGACAAUUCAACCAAUUUUUAUAACUGUUGAUCCAGAACGGGAUACAAAAGAAAUAGUGGGAAAAUACGUAAAAGAGUUUUCUUCAAAACUUUUGGGCUUGACUGGAACAGUUGAUCAAAUUAAAUCAGUGUGUAAAGCUUACAGAGUUUAUUUCAGUGCUGGUCCUAGAGAUGUCGAUAACGACUAUAUUGUUGAUCAUACAAUCAUAAUGUACUUAGUAAAUCCUGAUGGAGAGUUUGUUGAUUAUUAUGGUCAAAAUAAAGAUAAAGAACAAAUCGUUAAUUCCAUUCUAGUCAAUGUAGCCAAAUGGAAUAAAUUAAAUAAGAAAUCUUGGUUUAGCUAGGAUUCAUUUCUGCUAACAGUUUUUUUCCGCGUAAGCUAAGAAAAUAGACUUAAUAUUUGUAUCAACGUAUUUGUGCAUUGAUUGCUUUGAAUGGACAAAUUGAUGGCACUGUUCAAUUCUACUGUAAAAAUAUUCCUUUGUUAUAUUAAUUAUUAUAUUAAUAGUAAUUAAAGAUUACAAUUUUAAAUAUAUUAAAAUAUGUAUUUGUUUUUAUUUC